CACUCCACUGUUCCCUGGAGAAGAUGAACAGGACCAAGUAGCCUGCAUUAUGGAGGUGCUUGGUCUUCCAUGUUCAAGUGUUAUGCGGAAAAUACGAAGACUACAUCAUUUCUUUACGGAUAGUGGGGAACCUCGGUACCUUGCAGAAAGAGCCGAGCAACACCAGACCAAAAUUAACGGCAACAACCGUCCUAGACGAAUGUGUCGGGCUGAUCCCGGAGCUCUAAGCCUGGAAGUACUUUUAAAGAGUUCCCUCGGUGAUGAUGGCUGUGACCCCAUGCUCACAGACUUUAUUGCUCGAUGCAUACGUUGGGAUCCCAUGAAACGACUAACCGCACUUGAGGGUCUUCAGCAUCCAUGGGUUACAAAUGGGGAUGUGUCGGACCACGACAAAAUCAAGGAGUCACCCCAGCCAGGUGGAACUCAGCCAUCAGAAGGAAGCGCUAUAUCCUCCUCUCUUGAAGAAUAG